ACAGCCCACCAAAUCUGUCAUGCAAAUAUACGUAUUAAAGCUGAGGAUACCAUAUUAGAUCAUAAUUAAUCUGGUAUGGCAAAACCAAAGUGUGUAGAGCUAACAAAAUAAUUAAAAGCUUUACAACUCCCUUCACCUACUACCUAAAUCACACAAUGGUUGAAUACUAGAAUUUAGAUUUACCAAAACUUACUUGCUCUUUUUCCUCCAACACCUUCUAUAAAUUGUUAGCUCUGCUAAGCUAAGCUACAACUAAACAUCAACCGCCAGACAUUCACAAAUGUCUCAUGUAGAACGUUCUGACAUGUCACGGGAAAAACCCUUUGGCGGUGACUACCAGCUGCCUGUUUUUAACUCUGCCCACCAGAUGGAGCUCCAACAGUUUUCUAGGAGAUCCAAACCUACUGUCUCCGCCACCCUUGCUGAGCUCCUUAAGCGUGUUGAAGAUGCUCAAAGUGACAAUUCCAAUUACACCUCUCCCAUCCAUCAUCAAGCCCUGGAAGUUGGCUAUGCUUGCAGCUCCAUGCCCCCGUCAUCCGACCCUUUUGUUCUUUCCUUUCAUAACUUAUCUUACAGUGUCAAAGUUGCCCAGAAAAUGUCAUUUCCAUUCUCUGGAAAUGACUCCUUUGAUUCUUCUGAAAAUGGCAUUAAGCUUUUGUUGAAUGAUAUUUCCGGAGAAGCCAGAGAAGGGGAAAUCAUGGCCGUUCUCGGUGCUAGUGGAUCUGGCAAGUCCACAUUGAUCGAUGCGCUGGCAGACCGGAUUGCCAAAGAGAGCUUAAAGGGGUCUGUGACCUUGAACGGUGAGGUCUUGGAGUCAAGGUUAUUGAAAGUAAUAUCUGCUUAUGUUAUGCAAGAUGAUCUCUUGUUUCCAAUGUUAACUGUUGAAGAGACACUCAUGUUCUCUGCUGAGUUCAGGCUUCCUCGCUCUCUCUCCAGGUCGAAAAAGAAAGCUAGAGUUCAAGCCUUGAUCGACCAAUUAGGCCUGCGUAGCGCAGCCAACACUGUGAUCGGUGACGAAGGGCAUAGAGGUGUUUCUGGAGGUGAAAGAAGGAGAGUUUCAAUUGGGACUGACAUAGUUCACGACCCAAUUCUUUUAUUUCUUGAUGAGCCAACCUCAGGACUUGAUUCCACAAGUGCUUUUAUGGUUGUUAAGGUCUUGCAACGAAUUGCGCAAAGUGGAAGCAUCGUGAUCAUGUCUGUACACCAGCCUAGUUACAGAAUUCUGAGCUUGCUGGACCGUUUGAUCUUCCUUUCCCACGGCCAAACAGUCUACGGUGGCCCUCCAACUAGUCUUCCAGAUUUCUUUGCUGAGUUUGGGCAUCCGAUUCCAGAGAAUGAAAACCGAACAGAGUUUGCUCUGGAUUUGAUUCGAGAGCUUGAAGAAAUUCCAGGAGGAACGAGAAGUCUAGUUGACUUCAACAGGUCAUGGCAGGCUCUGAAAAAUCCAAGAAACCAUAUCUGCAGGUCAUCAAAGCUUUCCCUCAAAGAUGCAAUAAGCGCAAGCAUUUCGAAAGGAAAACUGGUCUCUGGCGCCAGAAAUGAUUCCAACUUGUCAUCUUCAGUCCCAACAUUUGCCAAUCCAUUCUGGGUUGAAAUGCUAGUGAUAGCAAAAAGAUCACUGAUAAACUCCAGAAGAAUGCCUGAACUGUUUGGAAUUCGAUUUGGUGCAGUUUUCGUGACAGGUCUAAUCUUGGCUACCAUUUUUUGGCAUCUGGACAACUCUCCAAGAGGUGCCCAAGAAAGACUAGGCUUUUUUGCUUUUGCCAUGUCCACAACAUACUACACCUGUGCAGAGUCCAUCCCUGCCUUUCUUCAAGAACGUUAUAUAUUCAUGAGAGAAACUGCAUACAAUGCUUAUCGUCGGUCAUCUUACGUUCUCGCGCACUCUAUAAUCUCCAUUCCCUCUCUCAUAAUUUUCUCUAUUGCCUUUGCUGCUACAACAUAUUGGGCUGUGGGGCUGGCUGGUGGAGCAUCAGGAUUCCUUUUCUUCUUCUUCACGGUCCUGUCAGCAUUCUGGGCGGGGAGCUCAUUCGUGACAUUCCUGUCAGGAGUAGUGUCUCAUGUAAUGCUAGGAUUCACAAUUGUGGUAGCCAUCUUGGCAUACUUCCUUCUAUUCAGUGGCUUCUUCAUAUCUCGGGAUAGAAUUCCUCCAUACUGGAUAUGGUUCCACUAUCUGUCACUAGUAAAAUAUCCAUACGAAGGAGCUCUGCAAAACGAAUUUCAGGAUCCAACAAAAUGCUAUGUAAGGGGAGUGCAAAUGUUUGAUAACACGCCAUUGAGUGAAGUGCCAGUAGCGCUGAAACUGAAGCUGCUGCAGAGCCUGAGCAGCACUUUAGGAAGGAAUAUUACAAGCAGUACAUGUAUAGUGACUGGACCAGAUAUAUUAAAGGGACAAGGGAUCACAGAUUUAAGCAAAUGGAGUUGCUUAUGGAUCACCAUUGCUUGGGGUUUCUUCUUUAGAGUGUUGUUUUACUUUACUUUGUUGUUGGGAAGCAAGAACAAGAGGAGGUAAACUCCAUCAGAUUGUUCUUUUCCUCCUGGAUAUUAAUUAAGCUACCAAACAUAUAUUAUUAUUGUUAUUAUUAUUAGUGGAUUUAAUGAAUUUGUGGCAGUGGGAAAGUUUGGCCAUCUUUUUA